AUGACUGAACCCACGGCCGUGGAGCCUAGAUCUACCGAGAAAAUCGUUGAACAUGCUGAACUACCGAGUUCUGAACAGCCAUCCGAGGAGGCCUCAGACGACGAUAUCAAUGGCUAUGUUGAAGGAACAAAAUUAUACCUUCUAACUUUAAGCGAAGACAAGACUAACAAUUCACAUUUCAAUUCAGCCUCACUAUGCAUGCUCAUUGGCACUAUCGAACUCACAGUCAUAAGCACAUCACUAACCUCAAUCACAAACGACCUCCAUGGUUUCAACAAAACCGGCUGGAUUGUCACUGGAUAUCUAGUCACCUAUUCCAGUACAUUCAUCAUCUGGUCCAAACUCAGCGACGUCUUCGGCCGCAAAUCCUGCAUCAUAACUUCCGUCUUUAUCUUCGUCAUAUUUUCCGGAGGAUGCGGAGCCGCGCAAACCAUAACCCAACUAAUAGUAUGCCGCGUAUUCCAAGGCAUCGGCGCAGCCGGCGACCUCGCCCUCGUCUUCGCCAUCUCCUUCGAAAUGAUCCCCAAAGCCAAAUUCCCAACCUACACAGCUAUAUUCGCUGUCGUGACUACUCUGGGCUAUAUUACCGGUCCGUUGAUCGGUGGUGGGUUUGCGCAGAACUCGACGUGGAGAUGGGCGUUUUUUUUAAUUGGUGCAUUAGCAAUCGUCCUCCUAAUAAUCUUCGUCCCCAACGGCUUCCCCCACCAAAACAACCCCAAUCCGCGAUCUCGCUCUCUCGCUACAAAAUCCAGCCGUUCCUCUCUCGCAAAAAUUGACGGCCUAGGAGUUUUCCUCUUCCUCGGUGCUUCAUUCUUACUCGUAACUGUGCUUCUUAGCGCUGGAAACGACUUCGCAUGGAACUCUGCUACUACUAUCGUGUUAUUUAUUAUUUCUGGGUUCUUGUGGAUUGCUUUCGCGGUGAAUGAAUGGUUCGUUACAAAUGAUAAGAGGAUUCCCGAACCGAUUUUUCCGUGGAGGUUUGUCUUGAAUAGGAAGUGGAUGGGGGCUUUGUUACUCUCCCUCCUCUCUGGCAUCCCCUGGAACGCCAUAACCAUCAACCUUCCCCAACGCCUGCAAGUCGUAAACGGGAUGUCCCCGGUGGCGGCCUCCGUGCGGCUAAUCCCCUUCACCGCUCUCAUUGCCUUCGGCAGCGUCAUCGCAAACGUCUUUCUAAAACUGCACGUUCCCAUCUAUCUCAUGUUCAUCGGUUCCUGUCUGCAAGUCAUUGGCUCAGCUUUACUAUCCACAGUUUCCAAGGACACCCAUAUCGACCAUGCUAUUUAUGGAUAUGAAGUCAUUGCUGGUCUUGGAAUUGGUAUCGUGAUUGCGAUGAUUAUCGUUGUACCGCCACAUAUGGUGGAGAAACGGGAUUUGGCGAUCUCAUCUGGUGCGUUGCUGCAAUUCCGCGCGCUUGGGGCUGCGAUUGGUUUGGGUAUUACGAGUGCGACGAUGAAUAACUACCUCUCCUCGCACCUUACGCAUAUCCUGACAUCUGAAGAAAUAACGCAAAUCUUCCACUCCAUAUCAUCUAUAACCACAUUUCCCCCAGAAGUGCAGCUAAAGGUCUUACAUGCGUUUGCGGAUGGAUAUCAAUUACAAAUUCAGAUUAUGGCUGCGUUUUCAGGGUUACAGGUUUUGCUCGUGGCGAUGUUUUGGGGGAGGCCGCAGGUUAGGGUCUAGGGUGUCAAGGGGGAAGUGGAAGGAGAAUAGGGUGGAGCAUGAAGCUUGUAGGCGGAGG